GGAGGCGAGGGGUUCGGGGUGCUGGUGGUGGGCGCGCGGCCCGGCCAUGCCGGGGUCCGGUGCCCGGGUGGAGGAGGGCAGCGGUAGUGAGGGCGCGGCCCCGGGGGCCGCGGCGGAGCCUGGGGUGGGGCCCGGGCGGGAGCCAGCGCGGCUGUGCGGCUACCUGCAGAAGCUGUCGGGCAAAGGCCCGCUGCGCGGCUACCGCAGCCGCUGGUUCGUGUUCGACGCUCGCCGCUGCUACCUCUACUACUUCAAGAGCCCGCAGGACGCGUUGCCCCUCGGCCACCUGGACAUCGCGGACGCCUGCUUCAGCUACCAGGGCCCCGACGAGGCGGCGGAGCCCGGCGCCGAGCUGCCCGCGCACUUCCAGGUGCACAGCGCGGGAACCGUCACAGUGCUCAAGGCUCCUAAUCGUCAACUCAUGACUUACUGGUUACAGGAGCUUCAGCAGAAGAGAUGGGAAUAUUGCAACAGUCUUGACAUGGUAAAGUGGGCCAGCAGGACCUCCCCAACCCCUGGGGAUUUUUCUAAGGGUCUCGUAGCCAGAGAUAACACAGAUUUAAUUUACCCACACCCAAAUGCUUCUGCAGAAAAAGCCAGAAAUUUCCUAGCUGUGGAAACUGUCCCUGGAGAGCUGGUGGGAGAACAAGCUGCAAGUCAGCCAGCCCCAGGGCAUCCAAAUCCCAUUAAUUUCUCUUUGAAACAGUGGGGCACUGAGCUCAAAAAUUCAAUGUCUUCUUUCCGUCCUGGAAGAGGACAUAACGAAAGUCGGAAGAGCGUGUUUUAUACCAAUGAAGAGUGGGAGCUUUUAGACCCAAGCCCUAAGGACCUGGAAGAGUCUGUGGUACAGGAAGAAAGGAAGAAGCCAAUCCCUGAAGGAAACAGAGGAGUAACUGGCUCAGGAUUUCCCUUUGAUUUUGGACGCAUUCCCUACAAAGGAAAGCGCCCUUUGAAAGACAUGAUUGGAUCGUACAAAAAUCGUCACAGUAGUGGUGACCCUUCAGCUGAGGGGACCUCGGGCAGUGGCAGCACCAGCAAGCCCAUCUCCGAAAUGCAGCUGCAGGUCCAGAACCAGCAGGAAGAGCUGGACCGGUUAAAGAAAGACCUGUCGAGUCAGAAGGAGCUCGUGCGGCUGCUGCAGCAGACUGUGCGGUCGUCACAGUACGACAAGUACUUCACGAGCAGCCGACUCUGUGAGGGGAUCCCAAAGGACACUCUUGAACUUCUGCACCAAAAGGAUGACCAGAUUCUGGGCCUCACCAGCCAGCUUGAGAGGUUCAACCUGGAAAAAGAGAGUCUUCAGCAGGAAGUGAGAACUCUGAAGAGCAAAGUGGGCGAGCUCAAUGAGCAGCUGGGGAUGCUGAUGGAGACCAUCCAAGCCAAGGAUGAGGUCAUCAUAAAGCUCUCGCGGCAGCUCAGUGAGUGCGAGGGCAGUGUGUCUUCUCCCACCUCAGCACCUGGCUCCCCAUCGGCCGCCCCCUCCGGCAGGGACCAGCUAGAACUGGACAGGCUGAAAGAUAAUCUACAGGGGUAUAAAACCCAGAAUAAAUUUCUAAAUAAGGAAAUUUUGGAACUCUCGGCUCUACGGAGAAAUGCAGAAAGGAGAGAGAGAGAUCUGAUGGCAAAGUAUUCUAGCCUGGAAGCCAAGCUCUGUCAGAUAGAAAGCAAAUACUUGAUAUUGCUCCAAGAAAUGAAGACACCAGUUUGCUCAGAAGAACAGGGGCCCGCUCGGGAUGUCAUAGCCCAGUUGCUGGAGGAUGCUCUGCAGGUUGAGAGCCCAGAGCAGCCGGAACAAGCAUUCAUUAAACCUCAUCUUGUCAGUGAGUAUGAUAUUUAUGGGUUUAGGACUGUCCCAGAGGAUGACGAAGAAGAGAAGUUGGUUGCCAAAGUCCGAGCUUUGGACCUGAAGACUCUCUACCUCACAGAAAACCAGGAGGUUUCCACUGGGGUCAAGUGGGAAAACUAUUUUGCUAGCACAAUGAACAGGGAGAUGAUGUGCUCUCCAGAAUUGAAGAACCUGAUUCGUGCAGGCAUUCCACAUGAGCACCGUUCCAAGGUGUGGAAGUGGUGUGUGGACCUUCACACCAAGAAGUUCAAGGACAGCACUGAGCCAGGUUACUUCCAGACCUUGCUUCAGAAGGCUCUGGAGAAGCAGAACCCAGCCUCCAAGCAGAUUGAGCUGGACUUGCUGCGGACUCUCCCCAACAACAAACAUUACUCUUGCCCCACCUCAGAAGGCAUACAGAAGUUACGCAAUGUCCUGCUUGCCUUCUCCUGGCGGAAUCCAGAUAUCGGCUACUGCCAAGGUCUAAACAGAUUGGUGGCAGUGGCCCUCCUGUACCUGGAACAAGAAGAUGCUUUCUGGUGUCUAGUUACCAUAGUGGAAGUUUUCAUGCCUCGAGACUAUUACACAAAGACUCUUUUAGGAUCUCAGGUGGACCAGCGGGUGUUCAGAGACCUCAUGAGUGAGAAGCUGCCACGACUGCACACCCACUUUGAACAGUACAAAGUUGACUACACGCUUAUCACGUUCAACUGGUUUCUGGUGGUGUUUGUGGAUAGCGUUGUUAGUGACAUCCUCUUCAAAAUAUGGGACUCUUUCCUUUAUGAGGGACCAAAGGUUAUUUUCCGUUUUGCCCUGGCACUUUUUAAAUACAAGGAAGAGGAGAUCCUGAAAUUGCAAGAUUCAAUGUCCAUCUUCAAGUAUCUCCGUUACUUCACUCGCACUAUCCUUGAUGCUAGGAAGCUGAUCAGUAUCUCCUUUGGAGACCUGAACCCAUUCCCCCUGCGCCAGAUCCGGAACCGGCGCACCUACCACUUGGAGAAGGUCCGGCUGGAGCUGACGGAGCUGGAGGCCAUCCGGGAGGACUUCCUGCGUGAACGGGACACCAGCCCUGACAAGGGUGAGCUGGUCAGCGAUGAAGAGGAGGACACCUGAGUGGCCCCCUGCCCCAUGAUGCUGCUCUUCUUGCCUUUACAACCAAAGUGUGCCAAAAGAGUGAACUGCAGAGAUGUCUCUGCUCAUUUAAAAGCCAGAAUGUCACACCCAUGGUCUCUGGAAAUCUGCUGGGCAGACAUCUAAGGCCACACUGCACUUUCUCAUUUCCACUCGGGGUAGGGGUCUAAUCUGUUUACAGCCAUCAGCAUGCCAUGGCAUUUGGUCACACAUAUCCCUGUCAUGCUUUCUGACUGACGGUGCCUUACCAGGCUUGCAGUUUGCUGUUUUCAAGAGCCUGUUUACAGCCUGUCAGUCAUGUUGGUGUCUUUGCCCCUAGAAACCCUUACAUGGGCUGUCUCCCCAUGUUGGAUCUCCUGUAUAGUGGGCAGUUGUGGGCAUCUUUUGAAUGGUGGCACUGUGAAGGAUGUGCACUGCACUCAGACAUUCCUAGGCCAGAGUGUGCUUCAGGCGGCAGGAGGUUGGUGUGAAAAAAGGGACUUCCUUAGGAAAGCAGGUACAUCCCUUGUUUAGGAAAGACCUAAAGAAAGCCCACAAAACUUCUGCUGGUGGAUUCCUGCUGCCAGCCAUGCCCUGUUUCUGGAAUAGCUUUUGCCCUUUCAUGUGCAACUUUUCAAACGAUGGCUCCCAACCUGCUAGAGCGGGGCCUGGCUCUCCAGACACCCUGUGCUCGCUUCUUAUCACCAGCUGGUGUUGGCAGAUUGUCGGGCAGUUCUGCCCCCUGCCUGGCACGGCUCCGUGAGGUUCUCUGGAAAGCUCUUCUUUCCAUCCGAGAGCUGACCUUUGGAAUCAUUCUCCAUGUCUGGAUGGAAUGGGAUUCCAGGGAAACUGUGGAUCAUCAUCCUGCAAAGCAGGCCCACCCUCCUUGGUGGACGGGAUAGAGGAAGCUUCUCUGGGGGUGCUUUGCAGGGCAGUGGUACAGCUCUUGAGUGACUGCUGUUGGGCAGCCGGAAACCAUGGCUUCCUCAGGAAGAGUCAGUGCUCUCGGUGUCUCUUCCACCUGGCUGGGACGGCAGGAGGCUCGCUGCCAGUGCCAGGGGCUGGGAACUGCCUCUGCUGGGGCAGAGCUUGGGUGAGUCCUCCCAGACGGGUCCCCUCCCCACUGCCGCCCAGAAGCAUCCCUGUUCUCGGCUGCUGCCCUCCCCUUCCCCAAGGCAAGUGUGGUUCUCACUUGGGGUCACCAUCGCCUCCAGCAGGUCAGGGUGUCAGGUAGUUCUGGGGACUCCGAGCACCACCUCUCUGAAAGCCCUGAAAAGAGGCUUUGUGUAAGGAAGGUUAUUUUUGCCUAAUCAUUAUGUGGGCCUUCCCUAAUGUGUAGGUAUGAGAGAAUGUUUUCUGGCAUAGUAUUAUUCAAAUAUGAAAGGAAUAAUUUUAGGGGCCGGCCCCAUGGCCAAGUGGUUAAGUUCGCACACUUCGCUUCGGUGGCCCAGGGUUUCACCAGUUUGGAUCCUGGAUGUGGACACUGUUCAUCAGGCCAUGCUGAGGCAG